GAGUCCGGGUCCCGCAGUGAGUCCGGGUCCCGCAGUGAGUCCGGGCGGUGAUCCGUGUUGGAGCGGAGCAGCAGCAGCAGGAGCCUCUCGGCUGCGGAGAGACACACCCGGUGCCAACAUGUCACUGGCUGUGCAGCUCCUCAGCGUUUUGGAGGAUUUGAGAGAGGAUGAGCUCCAAAAGUUCCAGUGGUUCCUGAGGGAUCAUGACAUCCUGAAAGACCUCCCAGCCAUCCCACUGUGCAAACUGGAUCAUGCAGACAGGCUGGACACAGUGGAUUUGAUGGUCCAGAUGUACGACGCAGAGUCCGCGGAGGUCACCAAGAGGGUUUUGAGUGAAAUUGGCAGGAAUGAUCUUAUUCAUCAUUUGGCAUUCACCAGCGCAAGCAGUAAAGAGAUUCUUGCCAACUGCCAGCGUAAACUCAAAUUGAAGCUGAAGAUGAGGUUUCAGGAUUUUAUUGAGGGAAUGACAGGAGCAGGAGAGUCAACACCUCUGAAUGAGAUCUACACAGAGCUGUACAUCACAGAGGGAGGGAGUGGAGAGCUCAAUGAGGAACAUGAGGUCAGAUGGAUUGAAACAGCAUCCAGGAAACCAGCCACUCCAGAAACAACAAUCACAUGUGAGGACAUCUUUAAACCUUUACCUGGAAGGGUUCAAAUAAUCAGAACAGUGAUGACAAAGGGAGUGGCUGGCAUUGGGAAAACAGUCUUAACACAGAAGUUCACUCUGGACUGGGCUGAACACAAAGCCAACCAGCAUGUCCACUUCACAUUUCCAUUCACUUUCAGAGAGCUGAAUCUGCUGGGAGGGAAAAAGUUCAGCUUGGUGGAACUUCUUCAUCACUUCUUCACUGAGACCAAAGAAGCAGGAAUCAGCAGGUUUGAGCAGUUCCAGGUUGUGUUGAUUUUUGACGGUCUGGAUGAGUGUCGACUUCCUCUGGACUUCAACAACAACCAGAUCCUGACUGAUGUUACAGAGUCCACCUCAGUGGACGUUCUGCUGACAAACCUCAUCAAGGGGAACCUGCUUCCCUCUGCUCAACUCUGGAUAACCACACGACCCGCAGCGGCCAAUCGGAUCCCUCUUGAGUGCGUUGGCAUGGUGACGGAGGUGAGAGGCUUCACUGACCCACAGAAGGAGGAAUACUACAAGAAGAGAUUCAGAGAUGAGGAGCAGGCCAGCAGAAUCAUCUCCCACAUCAAGACAUCACGAAGCCUCCACAUCAUGUGCCACAUCCCAGUCUUCUGCUGGAUCACUGCUACAGUUCUGGAGGACGUGUUGAAAACCAGUGAGGGAGGAGACCUGCCCAAGACCCUGACUGAGAUGUACAUCUACUUCCUGGUGGUGCAGUCCAGACUGCAGAACGUCAAGUAUCAUGGGAGAGCUGAGACAGAUGCAGUCUGGACUCCAGAGACCAGGGAGAUGAUCCUGUCUCUGGGAAAACUGGCUUUUGAGGAGCUGGAGAAAGGCAACCUGAUCUUCUAUGAAGCAGACCUGGCAGAGUGUGGCAUUGAUAUCAGAGCAGCCUCAGUGUACUCAGGAGUGUUCACACAGAUCUUUAAAGAGGAGCGUGGGCUGCACCAGGACAAGGUUUUCUGCUUCAUCCAUCUGAGCGUUCAGGAGUUUCUGGCUGCUCUUCAUGUCUUUGUGACUUUCAUCAACUCUGGAGUCAAUCUGCUGACAGAAGGACAAUCAACCUCCCAACUAAAACACCUCUACCAGAAUGCUGUGGACAAGGCUUUACAGAGUCCAAAUGGACACCUGGACUUGUUCCUGCGCUUCCUCCUGGGUCUUUCACUGCCGACCAAUCAGACUCUCCUACGAGGCCUGAUGACACAGACAGGAAGUAGCUCACAGACUUAUCAGGAAACAGUCCAGUUCAUCAAAAAGAAGAUCAAGGACAGUCCCUCUCCGGAGAGAAGCAUCAACCUGUUCCACUGUCUGAAUGAGCUGAAUGACCAUUCUCUAGUGAAGGAGAUCCAACAGUACCUGAGAUCAGGACGUCUCUCCACAGCCAAACUGUCCCCUGCUCAGUGGUCAGCUCUGGUCUUCAUCUUACUGACAUCAGAAGAAGAUCUGGAGGUGUUUGACUUGAAGAAAUACUCUGCUUCAGAGGAGGCUCUUGUGAGGCUGCUGCCAGUGGUCAAAGCCUCCAAGAAAUCUGUGCUGAGUGGCUGUAAUCUGUCAGAGAGAAGCUGUGCAGCUCUGGCCUCAGUUCUCAGCUCCCAGUCCUCUAGUCUGAGAGAGCUGGACCUGAGUAACAAUGAUCUGCAGGAUUCAGGAGUGAAGCGUCUCUCUGCUGGACUGGAGAGUCCACACUGCAGACUGGAGGCUCUCAGGCUGUCAGGCUGCCUGCUCACACAGGAAGGCUGUGCUUCUCUGGCCUCAGCUCUGAGCUCCAACCCCUCCCAUCUGAGAGAGCUGGACCUGAGCUACAAUCAUCCAGGAGACUCAGGAGUGAAGCUGCUCUCUGCUGGACUGGAGAAUCCAACCUGGAGACUGAAGACUCUCAGGGUGGACCAUGGUGGAGAGCAGUGGUUGAAGCCAGGUCUGAGCAAGUAUUCCUGUGAACUCACACUGGACACAAACACAGCAAACAGACACCUCGUCCUGUCUGAGGACAACAGGAAGGUGGCAGCAGUGAGAGAAGAGCAGCCAUAUCCUGAUCACCCAGAGAGGUUUGAGGACUGGGAACAGAUCCUGUGUAGUGAUGGUCUGACUGGUCGCUGCUACUGGGAGGUCGAGUGGAGGGGAUGGUUUCAUAUUGGAGUGACUUACAGAGGAAUCAGCAGGAGAGGAGGCGGUGCUGACUGCAGGCUCGGCGGGAACGACAUGUCCUGGGUUCUGAUCUGCUAUGACGAAAGUUUCUGUGCCAGGCACAACAACAUACCAGCUGUCAUUUCUGUCUGGCCCCCUGCCUCCAACAGAGUGGCCGUGUAUCUGGACUGGCCUGCUGGCUCUCUGUCCUUCUACAGCGUCUCCUCUGACACACUGAUCCACCUCCACACCUUCAAAUCCACCUUCACUGAACCUCUGUACCCGGGGUUUGGGGUCCUCAACUGUGGACUAACAGGCUUUCCAGCUUUCAUUCAGCUUCCUCUGAAGGAUGCAGUUUGGGUUUGUCCUGGGCUGCAGCAACAAGAAGAGGAAGAGGAGACACAGCUGGAAGGAACAGAAGAAUCAACGAUGGUGACACCGAGAGAGCAGCUCCUUUACAUUUUGGAGGAUUUGACAGAGGAAGAUCUAAAAAAGUUCAAGUGGUUCCUGAACCAGCCUGACAUCCUGGAAGACUUCCCAGCAAUCCCAAAGAGCCGACUGGAGAAGGCAGACAGGCUGGACACAGUGGAAGAGAUGGUCCGGAUCUACGGCUCAGACUCCGUGGAGGUCACCAAGAGGGUUUUGAUUCAAAUGAACAGGAGUGAUCUUGUUCAGCGGUUGGCAUACGCCAGCUUAAAUCCCAAAGAGAUUCUUGCCAACUGCCAGCGUAAACUCAAAUUGAAGCUGAAGAUGAGGUUUCAGGGUUUUUUUGAGGGAAUGACAGGAGCAGGAGAGUCAACACCUCUGAAUGAGAUCUACACAGAGCUGUACAUCACUGAUGGAGGGAGUGGAGAGCUCAAUGAGGAACAUGAGGUCAGAUGGAUUGAAACAACAUCCAGGAAACCAGCCACUCCAGAAACAACAAUCACAUGUGAAGACAUCUUUAAACCUUUACCUGGAAGAGAUCGACCAAUCAGAAUAGUGAUGACAAAGGGAGUGGCUGGCAUUGGGAAAACAGUCUUAACACAGAAGUUCACUCUGGACUGGGCUGAACACAAAGCCAACCAGCAUGUCCACUUCACAUUUCCAUUCACUUUCAGAGAGCUGAAUCUGCUGAGAGGGAGAAAGUUCAGCUUGGUGGAACUUGUUCAUCACUUCUUCACUGAGACCAAAGAAGCAGGAAUCAGCAGGUUUGAGCAGUUCCAGGUUGUGUUGAUCUUUGACGGUCUGGAUGAGUGUCGACUUCCUCUGGACUUCAACAACAACCAGAUCCUGACUGAUGUUACAGAGUCCACCUCAGUGGACGUUCUGCUGACAAACCUCAUCAAGGGGAACCUGCUUCCCUCUGCUCACCUCUGGAUAACCACACGACCCGCAGCGGCCAAUCAGAUCCCUCCUGAGUGCGUUGGCAUGGUGACGGAGGUAAGAGGCUUCACUGACCCGCAGAAGGAGGAAUACUUCAGGAAGAGAUUCAGAGAUGAGGAGCAGGCCAGCAGAAUCAUCUCCCACAUCAAGACAUCACGAAGCCUCCACAUCAUGUGCCACAUCCCAGUCUUCUGCUGGAUCACUGCUACAGUUCUGGAGGACGUGUUGAAAACCAGUGAGGGAGGAGACCUGCCCAAGACCCUGACUGAGAUGUACAUCCACUUCCUGGUGGUUCAGUCCAAAGUGCAGCACGUCAAAUAUCAUGGGAGAGCUGAGACAGAUGCAGUCUGGACUAGAAAGACCAGGAAGAUGAUCCUGUCUCUGGGAAAACUGGCUUUUGAGCAGCUGGAGAAAGGCAACCUGACCUUCUAUGAAGCAGACCUGGCAGAGUGUGGCAUUGAUAUCAGAGCAGCCUCAGUGUACUCAGGAGUGUUCACACAGAUCUUUAAAGAGGAGCGUGGGCUGUACCAGGACAAGAUUUUCUGCUUCGUCCAUCUGAGCCUUCAGGAGUUUCUGGCUGCUGUUCAUGUCUUUCUGUCAUUCAUCAACUCUGGAGUCAAUCUGCUGACACAAAAAUCAGCCUCAUGGUGGUCUGCACGAUUCAAAAAGAAAUUUAAACUAAAACUCCUCCUCCAGAGUGCUGUGGACAAGGCCUUACAGAGUCCAAAUGGACACCUGGACUUGUUCCUGCGCUUCCUCCUGGGUCUUUCACUGCCAACCAAUCAGACUCUCCUACGAGGCCUGAUGACACAGACAGGAAGUAGCACACAGACUAAUCAGGUAACAUUCAAGUACAUUAAGAAGAAGAUCAAGGACAAUCCCUCUCCAGAGAGAAGCAUCAACCUGUUCCACUGUCUGAAUGAGCUGAAUGACCAUUCUCUAGUGGAGGAGAUCCAACAGUACCUGAGAUCAGGACGUCUCUCCACAGCCAGUCUCUCCCCUGCUCAGUGGUCAGCUUUGGUCUUCAUCUUACUGUCAUCAGAAGAAGAUCUGGAGGUGUUUGACUUGAAGAAAUACUCUGCUUCAGAGGAGGCUCUUCUGAGGCUGCUACCAGAGGUCAAAGCCUCCAAGAAAUCUGUGCUGAGUGGCUGUAAUCUGUCAGAGAGAAGCUGUGAAGCUCUGGCCUCAGUUCUCAGCUCCCAGUCCUCUAGUCUGAGAGAGCUGGACCUGAGUCACAACGAUCUGCAGGAUUCAGGAGUGAAGUGUCUCUCUGCUGGGCUGGAGAGUCCACACUGCAGACUGGAGGCUCUCAGACUGAGUGGCUGUAAUCUGUCAGAGAGAAGCUGUGCAGCUCUGGCCUCAGUUCUCAGCUCCCAGUCCUCUAGUCUGAGAGAGCUGGACCUGAGUCACAACGAUCUGCAGGAUUCAGGAGUGAAGCUGCUCUCUGCUGGACUGGAGAGUCCACACUGCAGACUGGAGGCUCUCAGGCUGUCAGGCUGUCUGGUCACACAGGAAGGCUGUGCUGCUCUGGCCUCAGCUCUGAGCUCCAACCCCUCCCAUCUGAGAGAGCUGGACCUGAGCUACAAUCAUCCAGGAGACUCAGGAGUGAAGCUGCUCUCUGCUGGACUGGAGGAUCCAACCUGGAGACUGAAGAUUCUCAGGGUGGACCAUGGUGGAGAGCACAGGCUGAAACCCGGGCUGGGGAAGUGUGUUGGUCUGCAGGGCCAGGCUUCAUGGUGUGACCCCCGAGCAGAGCUGGACACAGACUCAUUACUGACUGAGAUUACACCUGAAGUCCAGGAGGAAGGCAACAUAUACCGGCUGCGGUGUCCGCACGCCGGAGCGUUUCGCUGCAGUCUCACCGGUUUGGUGUUGGAGGGCGAGGGUGAUGUCACCUAUCAGAUAGUUCCCUGGGAAAGGAACAUCCUCGCCACAAAAGGCUGGCGGCCGGCAGGACCUCUGGUCAAGUUCACCUGCCUGAGAGGAAGUUUCCACCGGCUCCACCUGCCACACUGCCAGAUCUUCUCUGAUGGCGGGCAGGAGUUGCUGUUUGUGGUCCACGUGACGAAGGACGGGGUCAGGUUCAUCCAGCCUCAGACGGUAACAGACCAGUACGUGGCCAUCAACAUCUCUGGCUUCUCUGUCUUUGGUCUGGGCAGGAAGAAUGAGUCCGAAGGUCCCAUCAAUGGCAUGGUGCUGCUGUUUCACCAGCCGUCGGACGAUCCGGAGCUCUACGCCUCGCUGUUCGUCGUGCUGCUGCCCAAGAACGCCAUCAUCAGCGAGGUGAAAAGGAGUUGGAAGGAGACAAGGUAUAUUGUAACCCUCCCUGACUGCGAGCUGAUCCCAAAUCAGAUGUACAAACUGUCCGGACAUCCUGCCAGGCGUGUCCUUCCUGAGAAUGCAAAAUUCGUGAACUUUAAAGAAUACCAUAACUACACUGCUUCGUUCAAAGUGCAGCUCGCUGUCAAUGUGAAAGUCGUGGAUCUGGAGCUGAAACGCGGUCACACCUGGUUUCAGUGGCUGCCGGUCUGGCUGUUCGGCUCACAGGAGCCCGUGGUGUGGAGCGACAACGUCCAGCUUACAGCCACUCCAGCAUCACACAUGACAGCCGCCAUUAUUCCUGAUGCUCAUGAGAGGCUGCGUGCUGUUCGAACCGAGUUCAUUGAACGAGUGUCUGGACCUAAUCUGAACUCUCUGCUGCUACGACUUCGGGCCGUGGACGCAAUAAGCUCCGAAGAAGAGGAGGCAGUAAAAGAUAUAAAAUCAAGAUCUGAUAAAGCAACAGAACUGAUCGACAUGAUGAUAAGAAAAAGAUCAGAGGCCAGUUCACAUAUGAUCACCAUCUUCUGUAAGUUGGACAGGUGCCUUUCAGCUGAUCUGGGGUUGCAGGAUCUCCUCUGA